UCCUGCUGAUGCCUUAGUUUGGACAUUUUCACGGCCUUAGAAUUGUAAAUUUGUAAACUAAUAAAUUCCCGUUGUAAAAGCCAACCCAUCGCUGGUAUAUUACAUUCUGGCAGCUUUAGCAUAAUGAAAUGGAUUUUGUCUGUGAUCACUCUCCUGCAUGACAAACUCUCUGGGUUUGGUACUUUCCACAGAGUGGAGCAAAACGUCAGGAAGAUAUAUUUAUUUUCUGUGAGAAACUUAGACAACACCUAGCUUCAGGGACCCCAAAUUUACUGGUUGAGCUGGUGUGACCUGCCAGUGAUGGUGUGGCUCUCGUCUCACGGGAACCCUGUCUGUGUCUGGGUCCUUUGGUUGACAAGGAGCGCCUUGGGGGAAUUUUUCUCUUCUGAGUGUGGCUACUGCUUUAUAUUUCCAUGGCAGCUCCUUGUGGUUAUGGGUCAUGUAGCAUGAGGAAUUUCAGAUUUGGUUUAUGAGCCUGUACAGCUGAAUUUCCUGGGUGGAAAGUCUCUCAGCGGUAGAGUGAGCAAAACUUUAUCACCGUGAAGUCAGAUACAGUGGCUUCCAUGAUUCAGGGUCAGAGGAGAGUGUAGGGGGAGACUGUGCUCAUGGGCCUGGUUCCAUGAGGCCUGCACGGCCAUCCAUGCUCCCCUCCUCUUCUUCAACAUGUUCUCUCAGCACCUCCAUCUCUCAGACAGAGCUGGCUGAAGAAGACACCAACGGGAGGGUGAGAUGUGGGCCUUGAGGGCAUUGAGUGGGUGGGUCACCGAGCAGCAAUUGGCAUCCAUCCUGGGCUUUGCAGAGAGGGUGGGACCCAAAGCUUUAUGCCGGCCCCUGCUUCUGGAAGAUGGGGCCUGAGAUUACAGACAAGCCUGGCUCUGCUUUGGGGGAAGUUUCUGGAUUUUUAGGGAAGAUGCAGAGGACUGUGGUUCUCUGCCUCUCCCUGCACCUAGGAUGUAUUUUUCUGGGUUCAGUUUCAGUGUUGAGUUUCUGCUGUCCCUUGAUGGCCAGAGCUGUGUCGCUGACAGCGUCUCAGGGAUGGGGAGAUUGGAGCAGAGCCUGCGAAUUCACCCCCAGGAGCUCACGGGUGGGGCAAGCCUCUGGCUGUGCUGCACACCAGCUGGGCUGUUGGCAAAGGGAGUGGAUGAUUCUCUAGACUCUUCAUUCACCAUGAAAUGCCCCUGGCUGGAGAUGUGGGGCCCCUGAAGAGGGGCUUGCAUGCUUGGGGGUGUCAGGGAGAGCUGGCAGAUGGGGUUCCCUGGAUCCUCUAUCCCGCAGGAUGGAGAGGGUGGGACAGGUUGGUUGUGGAGGCUCCUCCUUCCAUCCCUUUCCCCCCUUCCUGGCUAACCCCAGCCUUGGGAAGUGUCCAGGAGGAAGUGUGUGCUGGGAGCUGGAAAAGAGACCUGGAGGUACAAAGGAACAGAGGGGGUGACAUGAGGGUGUGGGUAGAAGGAGGGACAGGGAAGGAGAUGGGGGAAGAGAAGGGAGAGAGAGUAGUUGGUCUUUGGGUGCUAUUGGUGACCAGCCAGGUGUGAAGACUGCAUCCUUCCUCUGCUGUGACACUGGCUCAGUCCCCUUGGGUGCCCCCCCAAGUAGGGCAGUGCCCGGCCCCAGGCUGUCCCUGGGACAAGGCUGCCCUGGGCCUGGGCCAAGCUCUGUGAACUGUGCUGGCUGUUGGGGCCACCAUUUGUCCCAUGCCCUGGCCCUCCCAUCCCAAGGGCUGGGACCUUGGGGACUGCAUUUCCAGGACCCCUUGCCCUCAGGGGUUCCCUCUAGAUUUGACAAUGACAGCAAAGUGCAGGAGGCUUGGGAGGAGAUGGAGGCAGACCUGUGGGAUUGGGCAGGUGGUAGUGGGAGGGAUGUGUGGUAGCUUCCAGGCCUUCUCUGCUAAACCCCAAGGUAAACAGUGUUGCGUUCCUGAGACUCCUGCCCCUUCCUAAGUAGUGUUGGCUUUCCCUGACCUCUGCUUCCUGAUCUUUUCCACAGGGUUUUGUAGAUACCAGUUCCUGCAAUUAAAUCCCCUUCUACACAGGACACCUACAAGAGUUUCUGUUUUCUGACAGAAGCCUUUCCCAGUUUCCCUUAAUCACCAAGGUCUGGAGUGGCAGGUAGAUUUAUCCCAGUUUUCAGAUGAGGAUACACUUAACUCCUGCAAGUUGGGAUCGGCACCUCAUUCUCUCUGAUGCCAGAGCCUGGUUCUCGGUCCUGAGCCCAGGAAGCUGGAGUGGCGCAACUCCUGGAGCACAGAGCCUGCUCGAUGCUACACGCAGGCUCUCGGGGUGCAGCUGGUUCCAGCAGGCGGGUGGCAGCCUUUCCCAGCUCAGAUGUGUGCAGCUCUUCUUGGAGGCUCCUUUAACUUUGGCAGCCUUUCCCUUACAGUGAGAAGAAAAUGAAAAGAAAGACAGCCAUGGAUCAUCACUGGAGGUGGUCCUUCCCAUUUGGCAUGUCAAAGGGUGGAACAUUUUCCUGCUGGUGGGUUGAUGGCCACCUGUGUCUUCUCAGGUCAGGAGCAUGUAGGGGUCCAAAGAUCAACCGGCGUGCGUGUCUGAGCACCCAGGCCCCGUGCUGCCCUGUGCCUUGAGGUCUUGCCCCUCCACCCUCAUGUGCUGUUUCCAUUCAUUCAACAAAUAUCUAUCGAGCACCUUCUAUAAGCAAGGCUUGGGUUCUAGACACUGGGAAUAAAACCAUAAACAGAACACCAAAAUCUGUCCCAGUACAGCUUGUAUUCUAGUGGGGCAGAUGGACAGUCUAGAAGAUGAGUAUGUCAGCUAGGGAUAAGUUUAUUUAAUGAAUCUUAACUGCCAAAGCACUUGUAGGAAAUGAGCAAAUCAUGCAUUCUCGAUUUGUUUACAGUUUAAGAACAACAAUGAACAAAGACGGCUUAUCUUACUUCCCUGGCUGUCAUCAGGAAAUGGCUAGGAUGCAAAGAUACUUACAAAUAUUAGCCAUGAAAAAACAGCCUUGCUUGGCAGCUAGAUAAUAAACACCAGCAUAUUUCUGUCUCACCUUCCUCUGAAUGCUGUUUUCAGCUGUUCCUUCUGUUUGGGACUAAACUUAGAUUCUGAGGCUUGGUGGGGCAGCGGAUGCAUUUAUAUCAACUGGAUUUGGGCCAGCGUGGUGUCAAUUUCAAAUACUUGCUGUCGGAUUACAUCUUGCAUUGGAUAAAUUAUUCCCAGCUGAUGCUUGAGAGUUGACUACAGAAGGCCCCGUUUCCUGCUCCCACAGCUGGUCAGCCAACAUCUUACCUGUGUCAGUACCAGAAAACAAGGCCAAAUUCAUGUAUUUGUGCAUGUCAUUUGCAUAUGCCCACUCAGGUGUCUCCAUUGGGGACAAAUUUAAAUAUCCUGUUUAUUAUAUGCUUGACCAAUGUUGUCUUUCUCCUUGCACUUAAAAAUAUAGCUCUACUCAUUGUAGUGAGUUUGUUUCUCAAAAAGCUGCGUGUCUACGUGCCUUUGCCCAGCAGGAUGCUAAAUAAGAAGAGCCUGCUGGUGACAAGAAAGCCAGUAUUUCCUGUAGCUACAACCCAACGUGCUGGCCACUGGAGUGAUGGCAUUAUUUUUUUGGUAUAGAAAUCGCUUUUUGGUGAGUGGAGGUCUCUGAGAAGUCCUGGAUAUCUGAGAACAUGCUUUUGAAUAGUUUCUGGGUACUUGGAGUGACUGGAUCACUCGGGCAACAUUUAUUUUUCAGUGAUUUGAAGACGUAGGUUUGCUGACCAUAUUUCCAAGGCUACAAGUCGGGAAAUGACUGCUAAUGUACUUAGUGAAAAAAGUCAAAUUGAAAAAAUAAUCGGCUAGCUGGAAAGACAAGUCGCAGUUGAGACAGAAUUAAAUAGGGAUAAAUGGAAAGUCUACUUUCAAACAUAAUUCCAUGUUGUGGCCGCACAACAUUGUGAAUGUAUUUGAUGCUACUGAAUUGCACAGUUCAAAAGGGUUAAAAUGGGCAGCUUUACAUUAUGCGUAUUUUAUCACAGUAAAGACAUAAGAGAAAAUUCCAUGACUAUAAGACGGGAGAUCCUGGCUUAAAAGUAACUGUCAUGGGUCUUAGGGAGUGGAGGAUCAGUGAACUUGUUGAAUUUGAGCCAUCUGGGUCAGGUAUUAAAAAUUAAUGCACUCUUGUGGUGGUUCAUAUCCGGGCUGUGCGGGGCGCUGAGCUCCGCCGACUGUGCCUCUGCUGUCUCUUUAACGUGAGAGUAAGCAAUGCGGAGGGAUGGAAAAUCGCAGAGCUGCAGAUGUCACUAGACGAGGAGAUCCUGUCUGGCAAGAAGGCGCUGACAGAGAGUUAUCAGAACCUGGCACAAGUGGCUGACUACUGUGAGAACAACUACAUACAGGCUACAGUAAAGAGAAAAGCUUUAGAAGAGACCAAAGCCUACACAACUCAAUCCCUAGCUAGUGUUGCUUAUCAAAUAAAUGCACUGGCCAACAAUGUCCUCCAGCUGCUGGACAUCCAAGCCUUACAGCUUCGGAGAAUGGAGUCUUCCGUCAAUCAUAUCUCACAGACGGUGGACAUUCAUAAAGAGAAGGUGGCUCGAAGAGAGAUUGGUAUUUUGACAAUAAAUAAAAAUACAUCAAGAACUCACGAAAUAAUAGCACCUGCAAAUAUGGAGUGCCCUGUGAGGUAUAUCCAGAAACCUAUCAACUAUACAGUUUUGGAUGAUGUGGGCUGUGGUGUCAAGCAUGGAAAUAACCAGCCUGCAAGAACUUGCACACUGUUGAGAACAAAUCCUCCUACUCAGAAACCAGCAAGUCCUCCCAUGUCAUGCUGGGGAACACUGGAACGGAAUACUCCUUACAAAAUCCUGGAACCUGUUAAACCCCCAACAGUUCCUAAUGACUACAUGACGAGUCCUGCUAGGCUUGGAAGUCAGCAUCGUCCAGGCAGGACAGCCUCUUUAAAUCAGGGACCAAGGACACACAGUGGACGUAGUGGAGGAAGUGGAGGUCGGGAGAACAGUGGAAGCAGCAGUAUUGGCAUUCCCAUCGCCAUGCCUAUACCUUCCCCACCCGUGGUUGGACUGGUUGCUGAUAGUCCAACUCCACCCCCACCACCUCCACCAGACGACAUUCCCAUGUUUGAUGAUUCUCCACCUCCGCCACCACCACCUCCAGUGGAUUACGAAGAUGAGGAGGCUGCAGUAGUUCAGGAUAAUGAUCCAUAUGCAGAUGGGGAUUCUGCCUGGGCCCUUAAGAAUUACACUGAGAAAGUUGUUGCAAUACACGAUUAUAGAAAAGACAAGGAUGAUGAGCUGUCCUUUAGGGAGGGUGCCAUCAUUUACAUUAUCAAGAAUGAUGACGGCUGGCAUGUGAAGGUGACUGUGACCGAGUGACUGAUCUGUUCCCUGGGAACUAUGUUGAAUCAUGCACUAUAUUGAUAAAACUUUUUUGCUUUUAAAGUAAAAAAAAAAAAAUUAAUGCACUCUUAAUUUAAAUUAUUAAAAAAUGAGUUGAGGCCAAGGGUCUGGGUACCCAUAAACUGCACUGGGCUGCCUCCAGGGGGUGUGGAGUUCCAUUUGGUAACUUGGGGUCAUGGAGGGUCUGGAUGAGAGAACCUAGGCAAGUCUUCAAAGAUGAUGUGAAGGGGUUUUCAGGAACUGACAAACUGUCAUGGAAUCACAAAUUAGAUUUAUUCUAGGCAGCUGCAAGGGGCGGGGCUAGGACCACAGGGUGGAAUUUGAAAAGCUGCAAAUCUUGGUCCAAUUUUUGGAAGACUGUCACCCUUUGAAAGUUACAAAGAAAGGGGCAGCCUCCAGAGGUGUGGCUUCUGGCAGUGAGAUGUUUAAGCAGAGGCUGGUCGGCUGUGGGGCAGGAGUGUGGUAGCAGUCUUCCAGAACCCCAGGAAGACAGUACUGGUGACCUUCAACAACUUUUCACCUCAAAGUUUAGGGCCUUGGCAGAGCAAAUACAAAGUGGAGUGAGGUUUACCUGCUUGCCUGGAAGUCUGAAUCAAAUGCUUUAUCAGAAACCUCUCCUUGAGGCAGCAACAAAAGUGUGGUACCCGUCAGGCCAGUGCUAGCUCCUGGGUGCCUGUUCUCUCUGCAGACAUCCCACCAAACGACAGACCAGCUGCCCAUCCCAUUGUUGGGGUGGCCCUUAUCUUCUGCUCCCCACCCAGGGAUAAACUCACUCAUUCCUUUCCCCUCUGCUGCUUCUCAGCUCCUCACCAAAGCCAACUUUUCUGAAGAGCUUUCCUUGAUCCUCCUGCCAUACAUGAUCCACCCAAGCGCAAGUGAUAAAUGCCCCUCACACACACCCCAUUCUUGUCCCCAGCCGGAGCAUUGCUAUUGGACAAGGACACUUGUCUUUUAUUUCCUUUGUCUGCCAAUACCUCCCAAUCAUCUCCACAGCCCUGGAAAAUAAACUUGAACAUCUUAGGAAUUCACCAAAAGUGAGUUACCUGAUUUUAGUCAUUUUGGAAAAUGAUCUCUCAAACAGAGGUUUCUGGGAGUUUCCAUUCAUGGGGAAGGUUAUACCUACUAAGAGUCUGGCACCAUUCUGGGUGGGUCUCGUGUCUCAUUGAUUCUUGGAACAGUUAUGUAAGGUGGAUGGCACCUGCUGGUUUCCAGACUUGCAGGUGGAAGCUAAGAAAGGUAAGCCCCUGCCUGGGUAGCUAUAUAUACAGUGUGUGUAUAUGAAUGUGUCUAUUUACAGUAUAUCUAACCCAGGGCUCUGCCUGGAAACUCCUCCGUCCUUAACUUCAAUUUCCAGCAAUUCCCCGAGGCUCAGACCCUUUGAGCAAUGACAUGCUCCGGCAAUUUUUCCCUGAACUGACUGUGAGUUACUCGUCUGCCAUCCCAGCCUCUUUCCCUGGAGCCAAGGGAUGUUUCUGGGCCCCAGAUUCCGUGGAGUUCGGUGUUGGGAACUGCAGGGAUGCUCCAGCCUUCUUCAUAAACUUAGGCAAGGGGUGGGCGGAGCGCCACUCGAUGGUGCCUUUGUCAUUCUCAGAAAUGCUUAGAAGAGAAAAACUGUAGAGGCCGAGCUGGAAUCCCUGGCUUAGGAGACCAGGGAAACAACGAGCCCCUGAGGUUCCUCCCGCACUGGUUUCCCGGGCUGCCCCUUGCUGAGCAUCACCCUCCUCGGGCGCCCUGUCCCUGAGGAUCUUCUGGACAGAGCGGAUCUCUGCCAGAGCCUCUCGGGGGCCGGGGAAGCAGGGGCACGGGGCAGGUCCGGGUCCCGUGGAGCCAUCGAGGUAUGGGGCCUGAGCUCCCCCACCUUAUGUCUUCUCCGGUACUUGGUCUUCUUUGCAUUGGAAGUGAUGCAGUAAAAUCAAACUACAUGAAACAAAAUGGGGAAACGAUCGGCAAUUGCAAAGCCCGUGGUAACGCUGGGCCAGGGACUGGCAAGGCCUAGACCCGAAGAGCCGCAGGCUGCAGCACUCCGGGCUGCUUUCUCCCCAUGGGUCCCUCUGAUUGGCCCAGCUGUGACCACGUGCCAGCCCCUGAACCAAUUAUCGAGCCCGAGGAGAACCGGGCUCUGAUUGGUGGACCCAAACCUCGCGAUGACGUCCGAAGUGGAGGGAGGGCUCAGUUCUGCAGAAACUGGGGAUGUCGG